GCGCGCGAAGCGAUCAGGGUAGGAAACACUGAUGGGAGCAUCUCCUCAAUGUCCUUGAAUUUCAUCUUACCUAAGAGCGAAAGGAGAGACUGACUCUAAAAGCUACCGUCCCGCCCUCUAGAGUUUUGUUAAAAUGCCUCUUUUCUGUAACCGGGAGCUCCGGUCACUGCUCCGCCUGUCGUCACCUUUACGCAAACUUGGACAUGGGUACUCGGAGUCUCCUCUGUUGCGCACCACGGCUCCGACUCCCCACUCCCCUGCUCCUCCUCCUCCUCCUCCUGCAGCACUACUAACCGAGCUGUAACGGGACACUUUCAACGCACCAAAACCUUUACCCGCUUCCAUCUCUGGUAUGUUCAGACUGUCUGCGCGCCUUCCACCAGCUUGGAUGAUGCGGAUACCGGAGAGGUAUCCUCGUUAUUCCAAUUUAAAUAUGACGGUAAAGGAUGGUCGGUGACACCCCGAUUUGGUGUUGAAUGAUCGGAGGGACAGCGAGGCAACCGAGGGAUUUCACGGGAGCUGGUUUGGACGUCUGGAGAUGUGUGCAGUUCUUAGGAUGUGCCCUCAUGAUGCCAUCACGUGUCUAGGCUCCCCCUAAUCCUGCUGCAGUGACACAGAAGAUCCCCCUCAAGUCCCUGGACACAUCAGCGCAACACGUUUGGCCUCUUGACUCAGCCAGAUCAUCCUCUGUACCUAGCAGCCACUGAUCAAUCCUAACCCACUCUCUCUGUCCGGGCUGUACUUUUCCAGACUCUUGCUUCAGACCAGGAUUACUCACUGAUCUGAUGCUGAAUCCCAAUACACCAGCUGAAUCUAUUGUGGACCUCUGAUGGCAACAUCAAAACCCACUCACAUUCAAAUGUGACAACAGGUUUCCCGACUCUCCGCAUUCUUCUCCUCUCUGGGUUUUUGCUCUGUUGAUUGGAAGCCAAAGCCAUAGCUGAGAAAAAAAACCUUGUGAUGAGGGGGCUGUGUGACCAGAGAUACUGAAAGCUAAAGCCAUUUUUUCAUUCAGCUAUUCUGUAGUAGACAUGAGACUGUUCAAGAAAGUUUUUCUCAUUGGCAAGUUUUAACGUAAGUUAUUGGAGUCGGCAGUACAGAAAGGACUACUUUGUCCUGAGACUGAAAAGUUUAGCGCUGUAGACUCUUUCUGUCAUCUUCACCUGCUUUAAGCUGCCCAGUCUGGAGCAGCGUGCGGUCCAGAUGCUGUCAUGCCCAUCAUCAGCAACGCCAACCAUGACUUCAGCAAUCUGUCCCUCAGUGAUGACAGCAGUCUCGACCGUAUCUUCACUGAGAUCCCUGAGACUGAGACCAUCAAGGGUGUGUACUACCAGAGGGCUCAGUUCAUCCGUCGGCCAGAGGAUCUGGUGUCCAUUGACCACGGUCUUCUGGCGGUGAUCAACGUUGGGGGGAACCGCUACACCUUCCCCUGGAGCACUCUGGAACAAUUCCCCCUCACCCGACUUGGCCGACUUUGCGGUUGCCGGUCUCCCGAGGACAUCGCCAGUGUUUGCGACGACUACGACGAAGCCCGUAAGGAGUUCUUCUUUGACCGCUCGCCAUCGGCCUUCAGGGUCAUCCUCAACUUCCUGGCUGCAGGAAAACUGCGCCUGCUGAGGGAGAUGUGCAUCCUCUCCCUGCACGAUGAACUGACCUACUGGGGCGUGGAGAUGGCAUACAUGGAGCGCUGCUGCAAGAGGAAGAUGUACACUCGACUCGAGGAGGUGCACGAGCAGGAGCGGCGCGAGGAGGAGCACAGGCAGAGGAAUGCCAUGCAGCGCGUGCCGGUGGAGGAAACGAGGUAUCGUAAGGUGAUGAACUGGCUGAGAGAUAUGGUGGAGAAUCCACAAUCUGGCUUGCCGGGGAAGAUCUUCGCCUGCAUGUCGGUGAUCAUGGUUGCAGUGACUGUCAUCAGCUUGUGUAUCAGCACCAUGCCAGACCUCAGAGAGGAAGAAGACAGGGGUGAGUGUUCCACCAAGUGCUACAACAUGUUCAUCAUAGAGACAGUGUGUGUGGCCUGGUUCUCCCUGGAGUUCAUCCUGCGGUUCAUUCAGGCCCGCAGCAAGCUGGACUUCCUCCGUGGGCCACUCAACAUCAUUGAUGCCAUGGCCAUCCUUCCCUACUAUGUCUCUCUGGUGGUGACAGAGGAGGAUCCAGCCCUGGACCACGAGAGACCAGGAGGAGGUAAGGGCUACUUAGACAAACUGGGCCUGGUGUUGAGGAUCCUACGGGCGCUGAGGAUCCUAUACGUGAUGCGGCUGGCUCGCCACUCUCUUGGCCUGCAGACACUCGGGCUGACCGUCAGGCGCAGCACCCGGGAGUUCGGCCUCCUUCUGCUUUUCCUCUGUGUGGCUGUCACCCUCUUCUCCCCACUGGUCCACUUGGCUGAGAGCGAGCUCACGGGUGCCCAUGACUUCAGCAGCAUCCCUGCCUCUUACUGGUGGGCCAUUAUCUCCAUGACGACCGUAGGCUACGGCGACAUGGUGCCGAGGUCCAUACCAGGACAGGUCGUGGCACUGAGCAGCAUCCUCAGUGGGAUCCUCAUCAUGGCCUUCCCUGCUACCUCCAUCUUCCACAUGUUCUCCCGCUCCUACCAAGAGCUCAAGAUGGAGCAUGACCGAUUGUUCAAAGAGGAGUGUGCGGCCGCUGCCGCUGCUGCUGCCACCGGGGAGCUUCAGGAGGCAGGAGGUGAAGGUGGUGGGGGGGAUUCAGCUCCACCUGGACUGGGAUUACGUCUAGACAAGGAUAGUGUACACUCACUGGAGUCUCUGGCUCUGCUGGGGAAAGGUGGUGAAGUUGCAGGAAAUCAAUAACCACAGCCUUCCAGCAGCAGCUUUCUGAACAGCAGCCACACUGAUUGACUCAAUCCAAAACUUCCAAGAACAUAUGAGUCCCUUAAUCUGUGUUUUGGAUACCGUUAAAGUACUGCAAAUGACUAUUGCUCCAAAGGCCUCACUCCCCAUGUGGUUGUGAAGCAUCUGUGUUGCAUUGGAUAAAAGGAGAUUAAACAAACAUCAUUUCCUUUGCUCUUGAGUCUGAUGAUAAGGAGUUCAAGUGCACAUACUGUUGCUGACUGCACAGAAACUGAAAGACUUAAAACCCUUUAAAUUGGAUGGUUCAGUUUUAUCUGACCAGAAAGCCUCUGCAGCAAUAUUACUAACCAGCUGCUUCCAUAAACAUGCAAUAUUCAGUCCAAAGUUGCUUUUCCUUCCACUGUGAAAAUACUUACAAGCCCCACUGCAACUUUUAGUUUUAUUCUUAUUACUUUUUAAUAAGUUGCCUAGAGUAUGACCUGAAAAUGUGUCUCAUACUGUAUAUUCUACUUUUCUGCCAUGAAUUCAGAAGUGCUCCUCUUUUACUUUAUUUUUGAGAAGCUUGAAGCCAUGUUCUGAAAAGAAAUGUAAACAAACUGAUAGUUUUGGCUCAUAUAAGAUGUAUAUCCAUCUCUCUCAUGUAUGUUUGUAUGCAUGGACUCAAAGAGGUGACGGUUUCUCCAUCCUCUACUACAAACUCCAGGUAAACUGAGGACAAAAUGUUACGUUCCGAUCAGUUUUUUUAAUCAGCUGAAGAGGAAAUGAAAAGAUGGAGAGAGAGAAAGAAAGUGUGUUUGAGGGUGUGUGAGUCAGAGAGAAUGAGCGCUAACAACCAUGAAAUGUACUUUGCAACGCUCCAAAUAAAAGUUCUCCUGGUAAUCUGA